UUAAAUCCCUAUACAUAUUUCUUUGCUUGACAAACGGGAUAACACAGGAGACGCAAAUCUUGCGUUUCACUUUACACUAAAUGGACUCUCUUGCUCUUUUCUGUACUGGGGCUCUCCUUGCCGGCGGUCUCUUCUGGUUUGUCUGUAUAUUGGGCCCCGCUGAACAGAAGGGCAAACGGGCCGUCGAUCUAUCGGGUGGCUCGAUCUCAGCCGAGAAAGUCCAAGAUAAUUACAAGCAAUACUGGUCUUUCUUCCGCCGCCCCAAAGAGAUCGAGACCGCCGAGAAAGUUCCGGAUUUCGUGGACACUUUUUAUAACUUAGUUACCGACAUUUACGAAUGGGGUUGGGGUCAGUCCUUUCAUUUCUCUCCAUCCAUUCCUGGUAAGUCGCAUCGUGACGCCACGCGCCUCCACGAAGAGAUGGCAGUGGAUCUCAUCGAUGUCAAACCGGGACAGCGAAUCCUGGACGUCGGAUGUGGCGUUGGUGGGCCCAUGCGUGCUAUUGCCGCCCACUCGCGGGCGAAUGUGGUGGGUAUCACAAUCAAUGACUACCAGGUCAAUCGGGCUCGUUUACAUAACAGGAAAGCGGGUUUAGACUCGCUUUGUGAGGUUGUUUGUGGAAAUUUUCUUGAGAUGCCGUUCCCUGACAACAGCUUCGACGGCGCGUACUCCAUCGAAGCAACAUGUCACGCGCCGAAGCUCGAAGAUGUAUACGCGGAGGUGUUUAGGGUCUUGAAGCCCGGAUCUCUCUACGUGUCCUACGAGUGGGUGACGACGGACAAGUACAGAGGAGACAACCCGGAACACGUGGAGAUCAUUCAAGGGAUUGAAAGAGGAGAUGCUUUACCUGGGCUUAGAAGCUUUGCUGAUAUUGCCGAGACGGCGAAAAAAGUUGGGUUCAAAGUGGUGAAGGAGAAGGAUCUGGCUAUACCACCGGCUCAGCCAUGGUGGACCAGACUGAAGAUGGGCAGGAUCGCUUACUGGAGGAAUCACAUUCUGGUCACAAUCCUUGCCGCCUUGGGGAUUGCACCAAAAGGAACUGUUGAUGUUCAUGAGAUGCUUUUCAAGACGGCUGACUAUUUAACCAGAGGUGGUGACACUGGAAUAUUCACUCCGAUGCACAUGAUUCUGCUCAGAAAACCAGAGGCUUCUCCGAAACCUUCUUCGUCUUAGCCAAAUGUAUUGAGGUGUGUUUUGAGACAUCUCUAUUCGUCGUCUAGUUAAUUUUUUUUUUUUUUCUAGGGUUUUGUUUUUCCUGUUAAAUUUUACUUAUGAUUAUCAUCACCAUGUAUCCUUUUCUUUUAAAAUUUUAUUUAAAUUCUGUUGUUGGAUUCUAA